GAUACCGGGGCGUAUACUUAUGAUCCUGUUCACCGUCAUUGUCUGACCUUUCGACCUAUCUAAGACGUCCCGUGUCAUCUCGCGGCUACUGUCCCACUUCAUACGUCACAUCAACCUCAAAUAACAUUAGUUUAUAUAUUUUAUCGGUCUCGAUCGACUUCAGACAAAUAUUUUCGUCUGGACGAACAAUCCGACAUAUACACUGUUUGAGUUACGAUCGAUCGAGUAUAGGAUAUGCAGUCAAAUGUUUAUGGUCACCUCGAUCUUGUUCGGCAGACAUUAAGUAUCCGAUCUGCCAAGUUACAUCAAAAGAGAGAAAAGGGGGAGAGGGAGGAACGAUCUAUGGCGGUCUAUUGAGGACGUCCGGCCAUUGUUUAACAAUUUGAAAUUUAAGAAAACUAUAUAAUAGACCUUUUCUAGAGCUAGCCGCAGUUUGCAUGACCUACGACUCGAGUAGCUCAUGAGUUUCUUAAAAAUUUGAGGCAGAUGGGUUAGUCUGGAUGUCAAUUAACUCAUCACUAAACGUGUAUUAUACUGUGUAUUUCCAAUUGUAUGUUUAGGAUUCAUUGUCCCAUCACCACCUAAAUUAUUCGAGUUAUCAUGACCACACACGCGCGCGCAGCGGACUGAUAAGUGAGGCGUUCAGAUAUUAACUGCGUUCUCUGGUCGCUGUGCUGAAAAGGUACGGUAGAAUAGUCCCUUAUCUUAAAUUCGAUCUCUGCCGGCAUAAAUAACAUUCUAUAGAGCGGUUGCCCUGUUGCAUUCUACUGUACCGACAGCCUGCACACGUACGUGCGUGCGAUGUUUUACCUGAAGAAACGUAACAUAAUAAUUCAAUUUUUCGUAAAUGAUUUCUUCAAUCACUAUUUUGAGAUUAACGUUUAAAAAUAUCAGGAGGAAACGGCCAUUAAAGAUUAGCGCAAUCGGUUUUGUGAAUCAAGUUCAGGGACGAGAUAAUGCGUUCCUGGUGACCGGGAAGUAACUCUUACCUCAUGGCGGCUUUUUCUGUUCUUUUUUUAACGCGAGGGAGGUAAUCGACGAGGAAGUCUUGGCAGACGAGCUGAGUAUUCGUCGACGUCGCACAGCGAGAGGUGGACCAGUGGCUAUGGCUCCACUUACUCUGGCUAUAAGGUGAAAAAAGGUAUUCAAGGCUGGGUAGGAGUGAGGAUUACUUCGCAGACUGCAGUCGUCAAGACAGCUUCUACCCACAUGAGCGUAAUAAUGCCUGAGGUACAGAAAGGUCGCCCGCCCCGCGACUGGGCCUCUCGCAUUCAGAUUCAUGGCACUCUGCUGAAAAAACCAUUUGGACAUUCUUCCAACAAAUGGACUAAACGAUUUUUCCUUGUCAAAGAUGGCUUUCUGAUGUACUAUGCUGACAAUGAAAAAAAGGAGUAUGAAAAGAGGGAAUUCUUUAACAUCCAUCCAAAGGGCAUUGUACCUCUAGGAGAAUGUCACAUUACACCAUUACAGGAGCCUGGCCAUCCCUUCUGUCUAAAGCUUGAAAGUCAUGAGAUUGAUGGAACUCUUUUACUGGCAGCUGAGACAGAGCAUGAACGCAACAAAUGGCAGGAGAUUAUGGAACGAUCAAGGCGUGUGACAUGGCGGAACACACACUUGAGCGCUGAAAUGAUCCGGCAGCUGGAAAAUGAAGGACUGUUGAUGGCUAGAGAGAAACAGGACUACUUUGACCGUCUGCAAACAGAGGCACAAGCACUUUCUGAGGAAAGGUUACGAGCAGAUCAACUGGAACAAAUUAAUCAAGAACUUGAAGUGGAGAAAAAGAAGCUAGAAUCUUUUACUGCUGAAAUGCAAGAGGAGUAUGAGAAAAUACGAGGGGAACUUGAAGAAACAGUGCAGGUCAUGAAUGAAAUUGAGCAAGAACGAGACAAUUUGAACACCACCCUCCAGGAAAGGAGUUGUCAGCUGAAGUCAUUGGCUGAUGACAAGGAGGUAGUUUUGAAAGAAUUACAAGAGCGUGAAGCCAUGGCUUCGCAGCUCAGUAAAGAGAAGCGACACCUGUCAGAAACGACGGAUGAGCUGCAGCAACGACUGCUGGAGAUUGAGAAGCAGACAGACCUGAUCAAACAGGAAAAAAAGCAGGCUCAAGAAAGGUUGUUUGAGCAACUGGAGCGGUUACAUGACCUUGAGGAAGAAAAGGCCACAAUCAGUGAACAUGCACAUGAUUUACAGUCAACCAUUCAGGAUUUGAAGGCACAGAAGGAGAUGACAGAAAAGGAACUUAGAGAGGAGAUUCGCGCCCGGCUUUCAGCUGAACAGCAACUGAAGGAGGCAGAAACAUCACUUAAACAUCUGGAAUGUGCUGUGCAGAACCAGACUCCUAAUAUUGAGGCUGAUAUCAAAGAGGAGAUGACUGUAAAUGUGAAAAAGCUCAAACAAUUCUUCGAGGAAUUAGCAGCAGACAGCAAAAUUUCCUCUGAAAAACCACUGAUCAUCCGAAAUCGACUAACAGCAAGGAAGACCCUUGCCAGGAGGGCCAAGACUAUUAAAUAUGAAACCCGUCGUCAGACCAGCAUGGAUGAAGAUGUAGAAUCUGUACUUCCUUACUUCGUACACCUGACUCAGACAUCAGAUUCAACAUGGCACUUACUCAUAGAAAAGGAGGAGAUAAAAGACCAUAAAAAUUGUCAGCACAGUUUUGUCCCAGUAACUUCGAUCAACCUCGUGUCUUGAUGGUGAAAGUCGUCCACGACAGCAGCUGCGCCGAGCUGUGACAUCGGUUGGUCCAGGUACUGCUUGCAAGACAGUCUUAUCUCUUCCAGCAUCACCCAGAGAUAAGAUUGUCUAUGAAGAAGAGGAACAUCUUUAAGAGAUAUUUUUGUGUGUUGUUCACUCCAAAAAACGUAUUUAUUGUCAUUGAGACUUGAUUGCAUGGCCCAUGUAAAUGCUGACUUCAUCAUUCUUUUCCUGUGACAAGGAAAUUUAUGUAGUGACAUACAACAAGAGGGAUCUAUUUUAAUAUGUGGAGUUUCUUACUUUAAAAAUGCAGAUUUUGUUAAACCCAUGCAUGUGUCCCAUGUUGAACUUCCUGUGUUCUGGUGGAACGCAUUGUCAUCUAUGCAUGUGUGUCUUACAAAGCUGGGGGAAAGCAAUAAGGUAUCAGAGAGGUAGCAAUAAAAUAUCAGAUUAUAAUUAUUAUAGCUAUAGUAGUAUUAUAUGCCUGGAUGUGGACAGAUAGACUUAUCUUCUUUAGUGGCACUUUGAAUAUUUUAAGACAGAUGUGCAUCUGUUUGCCUUUGCACAGAAUCAUUCUGGAACUCUUAAAAUUAUCACCUUUUUCUUAGUCCAGGUCUUUUUUUGGGGGGGAGGGGAAGGGGAGGGGUAGCUAUGAGGAUAGCAUUAAUGUACUUAAUUAAAUCUUCUUAUUUGUCAAGCUUCUUGAAAAUAUCACUUUCCUCUCAGAAUGAUCAAUGUGAUAUACUGAUGUGAAUUGUACAGAUUCAAUGAUGUAUAAAUCAGAAUUGAAAUGAGACAUUGUUAUGUAGAAAUUGAUUUGAUUUAUAUACCAUAAUUGUAGGUGAAAGACAAACAGGCGGUUUGAGCAAUAGCAUUAUAGAAGAUGUGCUUUAAGCCAGUGGGUAUAUAAUCAUGCUUGGUGAGUGGCCAUGCUACAUGAGCAGAUUUUGAAAAUAUCUGCAGACGUGUAUGCACCUGAUGUGUAUAUUUUUCUGUGAAUGAGGGUAUGCUUGAUCCUGUGUUUGUGAGAGAGAGAGUGUGUGUAUGUGUAUCCAUGCAGCCGCACAAAUACUGGAAUGUGUGAAAAAGGUAGAAGAGAGAUUGGAUAGUAGAAAGUUAAAUUUUAUUAUAUGGAGUUUGUGCAAUGAUGCUGAAAAAUAAGGGCGGUCAAAGGAUAGACCCCAAAUCUUUAACAAUCAUUAAAUUGCAGUUCAUUUAACUUUUGCAAGUGUUCAGUAGUUUUUUUCUAAUGGCAUCAAUAGGACUAGUAUUUUAGUGUUUUACAAGAGAACAGAAAGAAAGCAUUAAAUAAAGGGGUGAGCGGUAGCUGCUAGUUAUUGUUUUAGUAGUUGUUAAUGAAAGCAUACAGAGAAGACAAACAUAGUAUGAGUGAGAACUUUGAUGUGAUAAUGCUUGCUGAGUAUGUUUUUUCAGAUGUUCCAGGUUAAAUUUUUGAAGUACAUGUGGUUGUAUCAUUUUCUGCAUUUACUGUUUGCAUUGUACAAAGGAAUGUAUUGACUCAUCACAAAUGUGAUCAUUUCAUCAACAUCGAAUGAUAAUAUUGUUUGAAACAUCACAGUAAUUGUUUUUUCAGUAAUCCCAUUUUUCUCUUUUCUUCACCGCUUUCUCUAUAGUUCUUCAGAUUAAAAAAUGUCCACGGAACAAGUAUUUGCCUUGCUUCUUGAUGUACCACUGAUUUUAGCAAGUCUAAGAUAUCUGGUCUGAGCCAUCCAGAAAAUCUGUCUAGAUCUGAGAUAACACAAACUCAUUUGAAAACGGUAUUGUCUUAUCUCCCUUUAGUUUUAGGGAAAAUGUCUUUGUAUUUUCAUCCUUUUUACUUACCAUUUUAUCAUUAUGCUGUAAGUUUGGUUUGUUUGUUUUUUUCGACUACGUCUUUAUCCUUUCCGAGACCAAAUUAAGAACUUUCCAGAUUGUCCUGUUUUUGAAUUUCACAUUGUCUCUGUGUCAUUCAGUUCUAAAGCGUAGGUGGAUUGUAUUUACUUAGGGCUUGAAUCUUCUGGCUGUGAGUCUGUAGCAUUAGAUCUUACUUGGUUUUUGGUCUAUGUGGUGACAUUUCUUCAUGUAGUUUGCUUGAUUCCAUGUUCAUUAUGACUGAAUUUCUUUAUUUUAGUUCUUUUUGUGGCUCCUCUAAUGAAGAAAUCUCAAAUUUUUGCUUGCUGAGGCAUGCAUAUGUUGGUGUCAAUUUUGUCAACUGCUGACCAAAGUGAAUUUCCUCAAACUGUUGAUGACAAGUUAUUGUGAUAACAGUGUUAAUAUUGUUAAAACUGUUCCAGUAUGUACACUUUUGCAUGAAGUUUUAGUCAAAUAAAAAUGUUAAAGUUAAAUAAUGUCCUGUGCAGCAUAUUUGUUUUUGUGUAAUUUUUGUUCGCUAACAUUCUCCACACCACGAAUUUUAAGCAUUUCAUUUUUUAAGUACGAGACUUUAAAUGGAAAUUUAUUAUCUUGUUACAUAUUUAAGAAAGAAAAAAAUAAUAUUCAUAGUUUCUAGUUGCUCCCAUUGAUUUUGAGAAUAUAUUUUGUGAAUAAUAAAUACAGACUUGUGUAAAAAGAGAUAAGAUCCACACGAAAAAGAGAAAAGGAAAUUAAAAAAAAAAAAGAAAAUAUUAUGCAGCAUAUUACCUGGAUAUUGUAACUCUGCAGUAUUCAGGUCUCAAGAAACAAAAACUGAGUGUGAUUAAAUGCAAGGAAAGUGUAGUUAACUUUUAGUUAUAUCAGUGUUUUCUUUAAAGUACUAAAGUACUUUUUUGAACAUUUAUUGCAAAGCAACUUGAGACAAAUAUGAAAGGGAUAUUUAUAUCGGACACUCUUAUUUCAUUGUUCCUUCUACCCAACUUGAAUUUAAAAAUAGAUACACAAGAUACAUCUUAUAUGACCAGAUGUGAUUUACUAUUGUUUUAGGCUCAAAGAUCUGUUAGAAGAAGAUUUGGGCAUGUUGGUUAUGUUGUAAUACUUCAGCAUGGGUAUGUUAUUUGGGAAGAUCUUUUACUGUAAUCAGAUUUUCAUUUUUUCAAAUUGGCUCUGUAGUACACGCAUCCUUGUUCUCAGACAAUGGAUGGAGGCUUUAAGUGAUGCUGGGGUUCAAGAUAACGACUUUUAGAUGUCAGUUGGUCAACAAACGAUUAACCAAGAACGUUUCUUUUACAUUAGCACUUUGGGCAUUAAAGGAAAUAGGGCUUUAAGUCAGUGGAGUUCAUUGUAAACUCAGGGCAAAUAUCUGCUAGCAUUUCCUCUUUGGUUAUAUGUGAAUGUGGUGAAUUUUCAAGGUUUUUUGUUCUUUUAGUUUAAUACAAAAUGUAUUACUGCUGUGAGAACCAGUGAUAUGAUAUUGUUCUUUGAGACGGUAAAGCACUUAUUACCAAGACAGUGAUGAUAGGUUAUUUUGUUCUUGCUUCAGCACACAAUUUCUUCCUGUAUGUGGCUUCUGAUUACAGGGUGCCAUUAGGUCGCCUUAGUCCUAUGAUAAUUGGAGACAUUAGUUUUUAAGGAAAUCACAUUAGUACAUUUAAACUUCUGUUUAUUAAUGGCAGUCUAUUACACUUGAUAACAGAGUACUAAAUGGGUUUACAGGAAAAAAUUGUAAAUAAAUACAGCUGCUAGAAUUGUG